AUGGCCUCAAAAGAACUAUCCACCCUAUCAGUGGACAUUAUAGAGUCUCAAUUGUCUACAAUUGACCUUAUAAUGGCGAUGUUUCCGUCCCCCGGCGAGCUUGAAAUCCCUGAUUUCACAAUGCAGUGUAUCGAGAGGCUCCGAGAUUGGUGCCAGGAACCGACCUCCACGCCGUCUAUGAUGCCCUCAAGCAUCUCCCUCACCGUAUGCCUACCAAUCGCGAAUGGAGACAAAACCAUUCCUGUCAACAUCUCCGUGCCACUGCAAUCUGAGGGCCCAGAGUCAAUCGACCAGGCCCCGCCCCUAGGCUAUUCACUUCGACAGCCAGACUGGAUGUCUAAAGCGGAGGUCGCGCAACUUGCCGCGUCGAUGCCGAAAGAUGAUGCAUUAGAAGCAUUUGAAUACAUCCAAGCAGAAUCUGCCCGCUUUCUUGAGACCAAGCAAAGCCAGGCUGUGGCUUCAGCAGGGACGGACGCACAUACGAGCUCCCGCGGUCCAAUUGUGAGAGUCUGGUUCUAUUUCCCGUCCUUGUCGACACGGAAAAAGAGAGACGAUAUGGUCAACCACGCACCCGGGUAUUCUCUGACGGGCUUUGUGCUGGCGGGAAAGCCAGGCGUAUUAUGCCUCGAAGGCGCUUCGCCCGAUAUCGACGCUUAUAUGAGCUUCAUCAAGACACAUUCGUGGGGCGACAUCCCCAGUCACCAGAAAAAAGUCAGCGAAAGGUUCCGAGAGACGGAGGGUAUUAAGAGAGUGUUUGCAAGGAUGGAAGAGAUUACGGACUCGCUGGGGGAACGAGGUGGGCAGCGGGCCAAUCGAGGUGAUAUGCAAGCACUAGAGGCAUGGUUAGGGAGUAAAGGGCUGCAAGAGGCAUUUGAAAAGGUGAUCUUUUAG